UUCAAAAACGGAGUGAUGUCAAACAACAGCGGCAGACUCUCUGACAAAGUCAGCUGUCUUGCAACCAGCUUAUUCAACGGCCAUAAACCACUCGGAGAGGAUAACUCGAUGCCCGCGACGUAACCAUUCUGCAGGUAGUGGAUACAAUGUUUCAUUUUAAAUGAUUCAUUAUGACGUCGUCCAUCAUCGGCUGAAUCGUCACAGAGUAACUGCACCUCAGUGCGCGAGGAAUCACUACGACAGAACAUUUGUACAUAUUCACGCCUGCAGUUUGAAACGCUUCACCGCAGGCUGGAAACCAAUUAAAGAUUAUUUUUUACGCGUGUCAGCUCGAUGUAGGCGAGUAGUGUCAGUUAAGCAGUUUUGAUAACCCUCAUGCCAGCGUUCUUUGAUGUGCACGCAUCAAAGAAGAUUUGCUUUUGACGUUUCAUAUUCAAAAUGGGCGGGAAGCAUGCAUUAAACUUACAACACAUCCUUGCGAACUCACUGGAUGCUAAAUAAAAAUUUCCUCGCGGAAUAACAGUCUUCGCUCUCUGUUUAUCUGUUUUCAGAGCUCGUUCGGCGGCUUGAAAUGACAACAUCUGCGAAUGCCAUGAACGCAUCGCACUUCUCCAGCCCAAUGCACCUGCAUAUAGUUCAUAUCAGAGGAUUAAUGAAAGGGAAGUUUGGCUCUCAGAUGCGAGCAUUUUUCAUGUGACUAUACAUAUCUGUUUGAAUGUGAGAUCAUAUCUGGACCGAGACCACGACAGAGCUUCAUGUCAUUCAUGGACACGGAGAGGAACCUCUCGCAUUGAUCAUAUAAAAGAGGAUGUUUGUUUUGUUUUCGUUUUUUUAAUAUGUUUCUUGAAUGCCCAUAGAUUUGAUAAGAGAUGGCAUGGCAUCCCUGUUCUCUCCGCUGGUUCCGAUGGCUUCGGUAGGACGAUAUUAAUGUGGGUGGACCUUGGCGCAUCUCCAACGGAUAUUUUUUUAGGGGGGCUGGAGGAUCGGACUAUUUACUACAGCUUUGUAGUACUUUUUCCAUAUAAACCAGCGUACGUUUUUUUAAAAAGCAAGCAUCAGAGAUAUUCUACCUCCUUUGUCAGUAUAUAAUGGCCGAGGACACAGCUAUAGAUGGACUGAGCACUGCAGCUGCGCAGGGAAAUCUGAUGGAAAUUGAGCAGAUACUGCAAAGCAACGUGAACGUUAAUGAGAAGAACAAGUUCGGCAGGACACCAUUGCAGGUGAUGAAACUUGGCUGCCCGCGCAUUGCAGAGACGCUGCUUCGAGCAGGCGCCGACCCAAACGUGCGCGACCCCAUCCUAGGACUGACCGUCAGUCACGACGCCGCGCGUGACGGAUAUCUGGACACUCUACAGGUGCUCGCGCAGAAUGGUGCUGAUGUCAAUCUUCUUGACAACAAGGGCAAUCUGCCUCUGCAUCUGGCGGCGCAAGAAGGAUGCCUGGAUGUCGUGCAGUAUCUCGUAUCUUGCUGCAAUACGCAGCCUUUUCUGCGUAAUGCAAAAGGCCAGACGCCUCUUGACUUGGCGUCAUUGCACAGAAAAUAUAAAACUGUGGAGUGGUUAGAGAACAUUGCGCCUUCACAAUCCAGCUAGAGAUUAUGAUUAUGGCCCUGCGUGUUUUGUUGUGUAACAGAGGUAGCGUGAAAUGCUGCGAUUUGUCGCAUGGCGGAAAAUUCAGCCAACUACCUCUUAUUGCAAUGUAAAAUAUUGGGCUCAGGGGCUUGUCUUUUUGUGAAGAACAAUUAACAUUUGACUUUGUAUGUAAUUCACAUGGCCCCCAAUUUCAACUGGAUAAAUGGAUUUUGUUUUUGUCUUUUGUUUUUUGUUUUUUUCAAUGAGGUAUUUUUCAGGUCACCUAAGCCUCCAUUUUAGAUUUGUAGAUCAUUUCUUUCACUAACUUUAAAAGCCUUCUGUAUGUCCUUCUAUAUGUCCUGUUUUAUAACAAGAAAAAUAUAAUCUACAUUAAUUGAUAUGUUCAAAGAAACAGAUCUCCUUUUAUUGAAGUAAUUGCACUAUAAUGGUCAAAAUCCACUUUAACAACCCCUGACUGCUCUGAUUUUUGUUGUGUUUAGUUUUAUGACAUUAAAUUUGCACUUUUCCUUGUAAUUAAUGCCUUUUUAACUGUGAAAGAUGUAUUUUGUCGCAUGGAAAAUAUUAAAAACCUGCAAAAUAACCAAAGAACCCUGUUAAA